UAUAUAACCACCGACAUUGAAGUUAUGUCAUAUUUUCGAUUAGGAUAUUUCUUUAUCUCGGCGCUUCUCAACUUUCCACGAGAUCGGAAUAUGUCGUUAAUUCACAAUAGAGAUAGACUUUAUAGACGUGUAUAAUUUGUGCGAAGCACGCGACGAAAUACGAGGCGAUUGUCAUUCGAGAUCCAAACACCUCAACAAUGUUAAUAACUUAUUUUGCUCAAAAUUGGAAAUACAGCAAUGCUCCAGAAGGCCAAGCUCCAUUCGAGAAAGUAGUUGGGCUGUGCAAAUAUGGAUUUGCAGGUAGUUUUGGGAUGGGCAUGUACGAUUGCAUACUUUUGUCUCAGACACGUGGCUUCUGGAAUACAAUGAAUUGCCUAGCUUUUUGGACGGUGCCUAUCACUGCCAUGUGCGCCACUUUCGCUUCUGUAGCAUAUACAACAACAAAACUUAGAGGAGGACAGGAUGGCUAUAUUAAUUAUAUUCUAGCCUCAUUAGCUUCAGGAGGAGUCUUCUAUCAUUGGCAGAAAAAUGGUAGAUUGAGUUAUCAUUUUACUUUCUGGUUGACCGCAUGCGCCAUGGUUAAAAAAUAUGGUGACAUGACUGGUUGGGUUCCCCUUCCAAUUAAAGAUGCAGACAUACGAAAGCAAUAUACUACUUUUCCCCUUGAUUUUACCCUUGUUAAAGAUCCUAGGGGACGUAGGCCAUGGGAGUAAUAUUUCAUACAUGGAAAAAAAAUUUAGUGCUGUUGAUACAUAAAGUCAAGCGGGGAUAAGCCAUAUUGUACAAUUGAUGCAAAGAAAUAGGAAAUGCGUAUCUUUCGCUUUUAUCAUGUAUUUAUUCUGGUUCUAAUACAGGAAAUAAAAAGGAGUGUAAAAA